GUUCAAUUUGACCUCCGCCGAUCAAGAGAAACGCACAAAGUCCCCCGCCGCCGGGUAAACUCUCGCACUAACGCCUCUCCUCCGGUCAUCUUCACGCUCUCUAUAACCUCCAUGAAAUCCGUCGAAGAAGCAGAUGUGGGCAUUUUAUGCUACAUAUCUCAGUUACCUGGUUUCCGCGGCAUUCUUAAGCAAAGAUACUCUGAUUUCAUUGUAAAUGAAGUGGGUUUGGAUGAAAAUGUUGCUCAUCUCACCUCAUUAGUUGCAUCACCUGAGGAUGUAGUGGAAAAGAAAAUAGAUUUAGACGAUUUAAAUCGGAGCUACGAAACUGAACUAGAACUGUUCAAGUCUCUUGUUGGUGACUCUGAUGCGGCGUGUCUAAAAGUCUUCAUUGAUCAAAUUAGUGCUGGUUCCAAUGAUAGUGUUGACCCAAUUAUUCUCUCCCCAAGUUCUGAUAAAGCUCAUAGGACGGAAGUGCAUAAUUUUUUCAAGACGCAUUUCAAAAUCCUUACUACAGAUACAGUAGAUGGACCAGACACAUCUUCAAAAUGCAUUCGUGUCUGGUUGAAAAUGGGAUUGAACAAUGAUAGUAAGAAGUCAAAGAAGCGGAAAGAGAGGGGUGCUAAACAGUAUCACAGUAGAGGUUCUGAUGAUUGGCCAGAUCAUCUUGACAAGUUUCUUAGCUUUAACCUUUACAAGGAGAACAAAGAUACUCAAGAGGUAUUAGGGCUGCUUGGAAAGAUGUUAGGGAACCAGACAAGAUCAUUUGGAUUUGCUGGCACAAAAGAUAAACGCGCUGUAACCACACAAAGGGUAACAGUUUUCAAGCAGCGGGCAAGUAGGCUAGCUGCCCUUAAUGAGAAGUUGAUUGGUAUCAGAGUUGGUGAUUUUUGCUAUGUAAAAGAAGGGCUGCAACUUGGGCAGCUUUAUGGUAAUCGAUUCACAAUUACAUUGAGAGGCAUUGAUGCAGAUUCUGAAAAUACUAUAACUUCUUCUGCAAAAGCCUUGGGGCAGUAUGGAUUCAUCAAUUACUUUGGUUUACAACGAUUUGGGAGUAGUUCAGUGCCUACUCAUCUUAUUGGAGCUGCAUUACUUAGAGGAGAAUGGAAAACUGCAGUAAACCUGGUUCUUGAUCCAAGAGAGGGGGAAAGAGAUGUUAUACAAACUCUUCGUGAGUAUUACAAGGAAAGUGGUGAUAUAGAUGGGACCUUGAGGCAAUUACCACGUUAUUUGGUUGCUGAAAGAGCUAUACUGCAGUGCUUGAAGAAAUUUCCUGGGAAUUACUUACAGGCUUUGAAAGCUAUACCUAGAACUCUUAGAAUGAUGUAUGUGCAUAGUUACCAAAGUUACUUAUGGAACCAUGCUGCAAGUAUGAGAGUUCAAAAACAUGGAUUCACCCAAGUUGUUCUGGGAGAUUUGGUGAUCUGUAAAGAAGAGUCCAAGACUAGCAAUUCUAUGGUGGAAUUUGUAGAUGAUGUCUGUAGUGACAGAUAUGAGAACAGCCAUAUAGAUGAAUCCUCUGAAGUAGAAGAACUCCCUGCUGGGAGAUGCUAUGAAGUGAAGGUUGUAAGUGAACAAGAUUUAGCAUCUGGAGCUUUUAAAAUAGAUGAUAUUGUCCUUCCAUUGCCUGGAUCCAAGACAGUAUAUCCAACAAAUGACAUUGGUGACUUGUACCAUGAUCUAGCAAAAAAGGACGCAAUUAGCUUGACAGAGAGUGUACAUACUGUUAAGGAGUUUUCAAUAACGAAUAUGAAAGGUGAUUACAGAAGAGUAUUUCAGAAACCGGAGAACUUUGAAUGGGAGCUAAUCAAGUACACAGACUGCAACGUGCCGUUGGCGGAAACAGAUUUAGAUGUGAUUUCUAGGCCAAGGUCUGAACUUUCCAUGGGAGAACGAGAAACCAUCAAUGAGAAUGAGGAGAGAAAACAAGAAGAGACGUUACCACAGAAAGUGGAACCUCAAAAUGACUCAAAUGGUGCAGAGGUCAAGUUAGCUCUUAAGUUGAGUCUUACUCUACCGGCUUCUUGCUAUGCAACAAUGGCUAUAAGGGAGCUGCUCAAAACGUCCACUUCGGUUGCAUUCCACAAGACUCUCAAUGACUAAUCAAUUGUAAAUGAGCCAAGUACCAUUUCAACAGUUUGGUUGCCAAGACUUGAUGCAGUUAAUUUAUUCUCGAAUCUGCUAUUAGUUUCGAGCUGUAUCGACGUUUUUGUUUUGAUUUUGAAAGGAUUGUUUUAUUUGUUCCUUUGAUUUGUUAAAAGAAGUUUAUCUAAAUUUGGGUCACUUUGGAGUGUAACUCUUUUAAUUAUAGAGAACUUUCUUUCAGUGUUUA